GUAUGGCGCAAUGCCCAUCGAUUCACUAAGGGUGUGUGCACUGCGACCUGUGUUUGGAAUCGGGCUCCGUUGCCCGGCAACCAGCGCACGGGCCGAUGACGUGUAUCCCGCGGGAGCCGGCUCAGCCCUGUCACUUCCUGGUUGAGGUUCGGGAGCCGCACAGUCUUCACCAUGUCCCACCAGACCGGCAUCCAGGCGAGUGAAAAUGUUCAAGAAACCUUUGCCAACGCUAGAAAUGGAAAAUACAGGCUAUUGAAACUAGACAUUGAGAAUGAGCAACUGAUGGUGAGCGUCACUGAAAAGCCAGCAAGUUCCUGGGAAAGAGAUUAUGACAGCUCUAUUUUGCCACUGUUAGAAGAUAAGCAGCCAUGUUAUAUCUUAUAUCGGUUGGAUUCUCAGAAUGCCCAGGGCUAUGAGUGGCUCUUCAUCGCUUGGUCUCCUGACUACUCUCAUGUACGACAGAAAAUGUUGUAUGCCGCAACUAGGGCAACUGUAAAGAAGGAAUUUGGAGGCGGACACAUAAAAGAUGAAAUUUUUGGAACAACUAAGGAAGAUGUUUCGCUUAGUGGGUACCAUAAAUACUUGGUCUGCAGAUCCUCUCCCGCCCCUCUUACUGCAUCAGAAGAGGAACUGCGGCAAAUAAGGCUGAAUGAGACUCAGACAGAGGUUUCCGUAGACACUAAACACCAGACUCUUCAAGGUGUUGCAUUUCCAGUAGAGAGAGAUGCGUUCCAGGCUCUGGAUCAAUUGAAGAAUAAGAAGCUAAACUAUGUUCAGCUGAAAAUUGAUAUAAAAAAUGAAACCAUUGUGUUGGCGAAUACUGCGUACACAGAAGUGAAGGACUUGCCAGCAAGAGUUCCAAAGGAUGCGGCACGUUACCACUUCUUCCUGUAUAAGCAUUCCCAUGAAGGGGAUUACUUGGAUUCCAUAGUGUUUAUCUAUUCAAUGCCUGGGUAUAACUGCAGUAUACGAGAGCGAAUGCUUUAUUCCAGCUGCAAGAAUCCAUUGUUAGAUGUCAUUGAAAACCAACUAAUGAUGGAAAUUGUCAAAAAGAUUGAAAUAGAUAAUGGAGAUGAACUGACAUCGGAUUUCCUCUAUGAUGAAGUGCACCCAAAGCAGCAUGCACACAAGCAAAAUUUUGCAAAGCCCAAGGGCCCAGCUGGAAAGAGAGGCAUCAGGAGGAUUAUUAGAGGUCCUGCAGAAGCCGAAAAGGCCAAUGACUAGAAAAGUGCGUCAGGACCUUCGUGUGUGGAGAGGUGAAAUGUGUCCAUACCCCAACAUAAUUAGGUUUUCAGUUUGUCAUUCCUCCGAUCCUGGUCACUUUCAGCUUCUGUCCUUGGGUAUUUUGAUGGCUGGUCCAAUGUGUUAAGGUUAUCUGAGAGUCCAAAGAAACAAAAAGGCAGUCAAUCCCUGCCCACUCACUGGUGGUGCCAGUAGGUAUAGCAUAUGCCCCUACUUCCAACCUUAGAACACAGACUGGUGGGCGGCCAUUGGAGCAUGUACUUGUGGACAUCUGCUGCUUCAUUUUGCUUCUUUGAACCCCCGGAAAGCCCUUCUACGUGCACAUCUACGAAAACACAACUGGCCACCACUAAAAGAAGUAGGAGCACAUUACAAUGCAUUAGUGAUAUGCACAAGAUAAUGGGAAAUUGAAGGUAUCUCUAAUAUAUAUUUGUAUAUAUGGCAAUACAUGAUGUCUAAACGAUGAGGCUAUCUGCUCAUUUAGUUACUUUAAAUGUGUAGAUCGUGAACUCGUAUAUUUCUUCAUGGGAUAUACCAAACAAUACGGAUUUCCUCCUUUCAGACGUUUGCAAUAUAGUUAAAUGAAACGCUAACUUGUACAAUUGUAAUAUUUGACUAAAAUCAUAAAGCACACUAUGCAAUCAUGUUCUCCGUUACUCAUCAGCUUCUCACUGUAACUUUUGUACAGUGACCUACCGUACAUGAAUCCAUAAUCCCUAUGGCUAAGCCACUGCCACUUACAAAAUCACUCCCACUCCAGAGACCUUGGUGGUCUCUGGAUCCUUCACAUGCCACACAAUGCAGAUGGCAGCUAGACAGAACAACCUGUCUUUUUCUGGAUUGCAGAGAUGUCACCAG